AUGUCAGAACCAACGUCACUCAAAGGCAAGAAAUACCCUGCAAAGCAACAUGCAAGAAAUGUUUUAAGUCAAUUGCAAAAUAAAAACUCAUCAAAGGCACAAGAUGCUAAAUUUUUCAUUAGUGGAGAAGUUCUAGAAGGAUAUAAGUAUUGUGAUCAAACCAAACCAUUUAGACAAGAUAGAUAUUUCUUUUACUUAUCCGGGUGUAAUAUUCCAGGAUCUCAUGUAUUAUAUGAUAGUGAAAAAGAUCAUUUAACUUUGUAUUUACCAGAUGUUGAUAAGGAAGAUAUAAUGUGGUCUGGGUUACCACUUUCAUUAAAAGAUGCUGCAAAAAAAUAUGAUGCUGAUGAAAUUAAAUAUGCUGCUGAAAUAAACUUGGAUUCAAAAGCUUUCACUACUGAUAACAACCUCAAGAAUCAAUAUUUAAUUGAACAAGAUCAAGAUUUUUUUUGGGCAUUAGAUGAAGCUCGUGCUUUCAAAGAUGAAUAUGAAAUUGAAUUAAUGAAACAUGCUGCAAAAAUUACAGAUAAUUGUCAUUAUGCAGUUAUGUCAGCCUUACCAAUAGAAACUAAUGAAACUCAUAUACAUGCAGAAUUUAUGUAUCAUGCUUUACGUCAAGGUUCAAAAAGUCAAUCAUAUGAUCCAAUAUGUUGUAGUGGAGAAUCAUGUUCCACUUUACAUUACAUUAAAAAUGAUGAUGAAAUAACACCAGAAAAAAGAUCUGUGUUAAUCGAUGCUGGAGCAGAAUGGGAUUGUUAUGCUAGUGACGUAACUAGAUGUUUUCCUAUAAAUGGAGAGUGGACAAAAGAACAUUUAGAAAUUUAUAAUUUAGUUUUAAAAAUGCAAGAAGAAGCUUAUAAGUUAAUGAAACCGGGAGCAAAUUGGGAAGAUUUACAUUUAAAAGCUCAUAAAGUAUUAAUAGAGGGAUUCUUGGAGUUGGGGAUUUUUAAAAAGGAAUACUCAAUUGAUGAAUUAUUUAAUGCAAAAGCUAGUGCAAGAUUUUUCCCACAUGGAUUAGGUCAUAUGUUAGGUAUGAACACUCAUGAUACAGCAGGUUAUGCUAAUUAUUCAGAUCCUGACGAAUUAUUAUGUUACUUAAGAAUAAGAAGAGAAUUACAACCAAAUAUGGUUGUUACAAAUGAACCAGGAUGUUAUUUUUCACCAUUCUUGUUGGAAGAAACUUUACAAAAUCCAGAAAAAAAUAAGUUUAUUAAUAAAGAUGUACUUGAUAAAUAUUGGUAUGUUGGUGGUGUUAGAAUUGAAGAUGAUGUAUUGAUUACAAAAGAUGGAUAUGAGAUUUUUACAAAGAUUACUAAAGAUCCUGAAGAAAUUAGUAAAGUUGUUAAAGCCGGUUUGGAAAAGGGUGAAAAAGGAUUUCAUAAUGUUGUAUAG